UUACGAAUCGGACGUCUCUGUAGUGUAGGUGGAUCUACAUGGGGUCGCGUCAACAUCGCGUCUGAAUUCCGUGGUCGAGAGAAAAUGUGAAAGUCAAAACCGUGAAAUCUCAGUGACCGGACACGAUGUCGAGCUGAUCACAGGAAAGCAGUUAGGUUUUGCGGUAGGCCAGGAUUGCUCCUCUGGACUGAAUCUUUGGUGUGUGUAUGUCAAUGUGACGAGAGGAAACUCUACCAACAACACUAUGGGUCUAGACAGAGGAAAGUACGAUUUCUAUAUAGGCCUCGCUUUGGCUAUAAGCUCCAGUAUAUUUAUUGGAGGUAGUUUCAUCUUAAAGAAGAAAGGACUCCUUCGACUGGCCAGGAAGGGCUCUAUGCGGGCAGGCCAAGGAGGUCACGCAUACUUAAAAGAAUGGCUUUGGUGGGCUGGCUUGCUGUCAAUGGGGGCCGGCGAAGCUGCCAAUUUCGCCGCGUACGCCUUUGCUCCCGCCACCCUCGUCACUCCUCUCGGGGCUCUCAGCGUGCUAGUCAGUGCGGUACUGUCCUCGUACUUCCUGACAGAGAGGUUGAAUCUGCACGGGAAGCUUGGCUGUCUGCUCAGUAUCCUGGGCUCCACUACCAUGGUGAUACAUGCCCCUCAAGAGGAGGAGAUGGACAGUCUAGAAGACAUGGCCAAAAAACUGGUUGAUCCAGGCUUCGUGGUCUUCGCGACAGCUGUCAUCAUCACUGCGCUCAUUUUCAUCUUCGUAUUGGGCCCACGCCACGGGCAAACCAACAUCCUGGUCUACAUCACCAUCUGCUCCGUGAUCGGUGCUCUGUCCGUCUCCUGCGUGAAGGGAUUGGGCAUCACCAUUAAGGAGGCCAUCGCCGGAAAGCCAGUGUUGCGAAACCCUUUGGCCUGGCUGCUGCUGCUGAGCCUGAUCGCUUGCGUUAGCACACAGAUCAACUACCUGAACAAAGCACUGGACAUCUUCAACACAUCCCUGGUGACGCCCAUCUAUUACGUCUUCUUCACCACCUCCGUGCUCUCCUGCUCUGCCAUAUUGUUCAAAGAAUGGGAACACAUGGGCACCGAUGACAUCAUCGGCACACUGAGCGGCUUUGUUACGAUUAUCGUGGGCAUCUUCCUGCUGCACGCCUUUAAGGACGUUAGCAUUAGCUUGGCGACAUUGGCUGUGUCCAUCAGGAAGGACGAGAGGAACGGCCCUGUAUUAAACGGCAUGGCAGCUCACAACCACUCCAAUUAUGAGCUGCUACGUAACGAUGUCACAGAGGACUUCGACGACAGAGAGUCAGGGUUGCCUUUCGACAGCGUCUCCAGAAGAAACGGCACUAUGACCGUCUCUUAGGUUCAAAGAGGAACCGGUAUGCAGCAGUUCGUCUAUGAAAAUGUUUUGGCUGCUCUAUGGACAUUUAGCCUUUUUCUUUCCUUUUCAGAUAUGAGAUAAAAACCUAAGACAAUCAACUCUCAAUACAAAAACAUAAAUACGAAAAGAUGGACCAAUCGAUUGUACUAAGGGUUUUGUUUGGCUUAUUUUUUUUUAUUUUUUUGUUCAUUUCAAACUAGACUACAUGGUAAGCUUCAUCUCAUUCCUCCAUGUAGCACUGUAAAUAUACAACUGUACGUUUUUCAGAGACUUUUGUUAUAUUUUAUGUACAGAUUUAUGUAUUUACAUGCACUGAGUUUCUUUCUACAAAAUCGGUAGUUGCUUUGACUUUGUAAUAAAGACAUCCAAGUGGAAUGACGAGAAGAACUUCUCAGUUCA